CUACUAUGGGGGACCAGAGUGGUCAUUCCAAAACCGCUGCGUACGCCCGUCCUGAAAGCGUUACACGAGGGGCACCCGGGCAUCGUCCGGAUGAAAGCAUUGGCUCGGAGUUAUGUAUGGUGGCCCAGCAUGGACGACGAAAUCGCGAAAUGGGUAAGCUCCUGCCGCCCCUGCCAAGAAUCCAGGCCAGCACCACCGAUUGCUACCCCAACCAAAUGGGAGAGUGCCAACGCACCGUGGUCACAAUUGCACAUUGACUUGGCAGGUCCCUUCCACGGCAAGACUUUCUUAGUGGUCGUGGAUUCAUUCUCCAAAUGGAUAGAUGUGGCCCUCCUACUCACAACUACCACCCGAGCAGUUGCCCAGGCUCUGACCCGCUUAUUUGUUACACAUGGUCUACCUGACACCAUAGUCUCAGAUAAUGGCCCCCAAUUUGCCUCCACAGAAUUCAGCCAGUAUUCCAGACUCUCUCGUUUUCUUUUAAGCCAACACUCGACCCCUUGUACUGUCACAAACAAAUCCCUCGCCGAGUUACUGAUGGGCAGACGCUUAAGGACAGUAUUAGAUAGACUGCAUCCCCACUACUGCCCUGACACACCAAUUGGUUCUAACAGUAGGGUCAGGAGUUUUAUGUUACAGGACCAAGUGUUCGCCAGAAACUACGCAGGCGAUCCACUGUGGGUGCCCGGAAAGGUCGUGGCCAUCACCGGCCCUAGAUCAUACCGCGUCCAGCUAGAGGAUGGUCGUAUAUGGCGGAGGCAUCUGGACCAGAUAAGAAGUCGCCAGAGCGAACAUGCCAACGCUGAUCCAGGGACUCCGGUGACUGUCCAAUCGCCGUACCCGAAUCCCAGCUGCGACCUCCAGAGUGACCAGUCAUCACCAGCCGAGCCAAGAGAAUGGACGGUAGACCGGGACCGUCCUACAGAGGUGUCAGCCGUUCCAACCAGCGACGCCACCGGGUUGCGUGACAAUGACAAUUUAACAAUCCAACCCGGGGGCUGUGACCAUUCCCAUACGCCAGACCGGGCCCCAGUUCGAUCCGAGGGUCCAGCAGAGACAGUUCCGGACUCCCAGAACUCCAUGCCACCUUGUGUCUCACCAGAACUGCGCCGGUCUGGACGCUCGCACAAGCCGCUCGCUUAUUUAAAGGACUACUCAUUAAUCAAUGCAAAUAUGUUGAGGGAAAUGGGGCAUGACAUAGUUGUACAAAGUUUUGAAGAAAUAAAUGUAGUAAUGCCUCCAUUAGCACACCCACUCUUCAGGCUAGGUGUUAUUACCAAAGAGUGUGUAGUUGUUCAAUUUUAUGGAGUGGAGUUCCCAUCUUUCCUGGAGAAAUUCAAAUUGUCUGAAGAGGAAAGAAAAAUUGAAUAUCCCCAGUUUCUUCAGCCUAUUUAUAUUGAACAUAGCCUCUGCAUCAUAUUUCUCUGA